AGAUAUUUCACGUUGGAUCCAGUGAACAUAUUCAUUUUCUGUUUGCUCUUGCAUCUCUUUCAGGCAGAGAUACUCUCUGCUUUUUCUUCAGUUUUGUUUCUUGUUCAUCACUUUACACAACGAAGCUGGCAUCAGUCGUUCUAAUUCAAAGCUGAGCUGGGCUUCACGAAAAUGGGCCAUUCGAUGGAGCAACAACAUGGAUCUUCAAUAGAACAACCGAAAAAUGAAAGGUCCCAGCAAUCAAACUCACCGGAAGAAGACCUGAUUCCCGCUGACAGAGAUCGCAUGCGCAAACUAUACCGCAAGCUGGAUCUCAGGAUCAUCCCUCCCUUCUGGGUGCUGUACUUUCUUUGCUCAGGUGUCCGUGCCAACGUAGGCCUAGCACAGACUAUGAAUGCUGCUGACGAUCACGACCUUAAAAGCGUCCUUGACAUUUCUUCACAUCAGGUGUCAGUUGGACUAGCUUUUUUUUACGUUAGCUAUGUUGUUCUAGAACUGCCGUCUAAUUUGGCGAUGAGCAAGCUCGAACCAUCUGUAUGGCUUGCCAGGAUCGUGAUCAGUGUUGGAAUAAUCGGCACUGCAAUGGUGGGCAUGAAAAGUGCCGCCAGCUUCUAUGUGCUACGGCUACUGCUCGGGGCAGUGGAAGCAGGGAUGUGGCCAGGAAUGUCACUAUUCCUAACCAUGUUCUAUCCAACGCACAAAAUGGCAAAGAGGGUAGGAUGGUACUUCACUGCCUCUCAAGUCUCGGCAGCGGUGGUCGGACUUGUCAGCGCUGGGUUUCAAAAAAUGGACGGAGACGGUGGGCUGGUUGGGUUUCAGUGGAUGUUCCUGCUUUGGGGCCUGGUCACGUUAGUCGUUGGAUUCACACUGUUAUGGUGGCUUCCAGAUCGACCUCUUGGUCCUGGUUUGACAAGACAUCGAAGCAAGUGGACGGCUUGGCUACCCACAGCGCCUCCAGUCCUGACUGGUGUGGAUGCCGAGCUGCACUAUAAGGAUCUCAGUCAAGCGUACCUCAACAGUGCGUGGAAAUUGAAAGACCUGUGGAAAGUACUGGUUGACUGGAGGCUUUGGCCCCUAGUUAUCAUGUAUUUCGGAGUCGUGGGCGUCGGAAAUGGUGUACAAAGCUAUGCAACUGUCAUGUUGAAAGGCAUCAACCCGUCAUGGAGUGGCAUCACUCUUAGUUUGCUCUACGCGCCCAUCUGGAUUUGCGAUCUUAUCGGUAUUAUCACGGUCACACCAAUCAGCGACUACUUCUACAGACAUCGAGCUUUAUUCUUCAGUAUACCGACAGCUAUUCAAAUUGCCGGCUUGCUCAUCGCAACAUACGCUGGUGAUUCCAUCUCCGAGCGAUGGGGUAGAUAUGUUGGACUUUUAAUUGUUGGCUUUGGCCUUGGUCCAACGGUACCUAUCACAAUGACUUGGACAGCGGAGCUCUUCCAGUCAAGGCAUGGAGAAGUCGGAGUUGCGGCAGCAGCAGCUGUGGUCUCCGGUUUAGGAAAUUGUGGUAGCAUUAUGACAAACUAUGCCCUAUAUGCAGGGUGGCCUGCUGAUGCAAAAAAGAACCCCGUUUAUCUUGGAUCGAACUGGGUAAUGAUCGGUAUUCUAGUUGCUAGCAUUGUUGCAAGUUGGGUGCUUACCUUAUUACUGCAUGUGACAAAGCGGACCUCUAGAAAUUAAUUCCAAUAUUCAACUUGGGAAUUUAAAGCAAAAAUUCAUAUCUUCAUUAGCCAAUAGAUAAUUAAU